CAGCAUAAAAGGUCCUUUUAAGGGCCACCACUUUUUCGUAGAAGAGCUGUUACCUUAUGCUGCCAGUCAGCAUGAAGAACCUGAACUACCUUAUUUGCAUAACGCUGUUAUUAUAAUUCGAAAGGGCUCGGGGUUUCGUUUGUAUUGUCUCCGACUGGAAAAGAUAGUAACUGAUUCUACAGGAUGCCUGAGCCAGCGAAGUCCGCGCCUGUUCCUAAAAAGGGGUCGAAGAAAGCGAUUACAAAGACCCAGAAAAAGGGCGACAAGAAACGCAAGAAGAGCAGGAAGGAAAGUUACUCCAUCUACGUCUACAAGGUGCUGAAGCAGGUCCACCCCGACACCGGCAUCUCCUCGAAGGCCAUGAGCAUCAUGAACUCCUUCGUCAACGACAUCUUCGAGCGCAUCGCCGCCGAGGCGUCCCGCCUGGCCCAUUACAACAAGCGCUCCACCAUCACGUCCCGGGAGAUCCAGACUGCGGUGCGUCUCCUGCUGCCAGGGGAGCUGGCCAAACACGCCGUGUCUGAAGGCACCAAAGCCGUCACCAAGUACACCAGUUCCAAGUAACCUGGGAAGACAACCGCAACCUUGAACCCAAAGGCUCUUUUAAGAGCCAU